AAAAAGAAAGAAAAUCUCUUGAGGGAGCAAACCGGGGAGGCUCGUUCGUUUGCACCGCAGCAGCAGCGGAUAGUUUUGUUUCUGAUGCCCUGUUCAGUUGAACUUCUCCGCCGCUUCCUGUGUGGACGCUCCUCUGGACCACGAGAGGGGAAAUGAAGAGAAGAGUCUCGGACCUGCGGAUCAGAUCCCACCUGCAGGAGGAGGCUGCGCGCGCUCAGACACUCUGCUGAGCUGUCCUCAACGCUUAUACCAAACUGUGUCCAUCGCUGUCUGGACGGUCAUCUCCGAAUAAAUUCACUGCACCUCAUUCACAAUGAAAGGUUCCUAAUGAACGGAAAAGGCAUGGCAUCCACUGAUGACUCUCCCAUGGAGGUUAGAAUUGUUGGAGAGAUCACAGAAAACAGCCACACUGACUCUGAAACACAGACAAUUCCCUCAGAUGAGCGUGCACAGCUAUUUACAACACACCUUGACCAGGUUGUCAUGGACAACUUGGGGCGGCUCUUUGAGCACUGCAUCCAGCAGGUGUCCCGUCUGGAGAGGCAGAGAGACGAGCUGGUGCAGGAGCUCCUCCGGCUGCAGGAGCCCAUGCUGCGGAUGGUGGAGCACCUGAGGGGGAAGGUGGCUGAGACACAGAGGCUGCUCACGCUGGCUGAGCUGGACUACGCAGCCGUUUUUGAGGAGGUGAAGAGAGUGAAGAGGAAACUCUUCGCCACAGCCAGAGACUGCAUCCAGAGCCAGCUGACGCUGGCUGCACAUGAGUAUGAGGUGGCUCAGUCUGCUGUUACACAGGAGGAGCUCAAGACCUACAUCCAAACUCUGUCUCAGGAGUUGUCCCAGCUUCACAAGGCCCAAAAUAUCAGGCUCACCUCCCUGAGGGCCCAGGCCGCUAAGCCCUGCCGGCCCAGAGCCAUGAGUGAUGUCAGCCAGUGCCGCCAGGCCUCUGUUAGACUGCAGCGGCGGCUCAGCGGCAGCGUGAGGGCACUGGAGGGAUGGUACGAGCCCCGACUCAUGGCCCUGCUGAAGAGGAGGCAGGUCGGGGAGGAUGCCCUGAGAAAGAGCAGGGAGCAGGCGAGGGACCUGAGGGCCAGCCUGGGGCCCCUGAGAGAGGACGUCCAGAGACUGGAGGUGCAGAGAGCCUGUCUGGAGCAGAGGAUCUUUCUGAUGGAGAGGGAGAGGGAGCAACGCAUCACUCAACAUAAGGAGACUGUGGAGACACUAAGAGAGACUCUGAGAGAACUAGAGGUGGAGUUUGAUGUUCAGAGACAAUCUAAGAAAGGUUUGGAGGAUCUUAAAGAUGGACUUUUAACAGAGCUGACAUUUCUCAUAGGCAGUGAUGAAGCCAGCAAAACCACCACUGCAGAAGAGCCAUAAAAUUCUAUUUCCAGUGAAUAUUGUGACACCAGACCAAACCAUGGCACUGCCUUUACUUUUCUUGUUCAACAGCUAAACCUUAAUAAAAGGCAGUAUUAUUCAAUCUAAAAUGUAAAAAAUAUUAUAACAGAUGCAGGAAAUUAUGAGUUCCUGGGUGACAGUAACAAUAUACUGUAUGUGUUACAAAAAAACAAUAUGAUAUCAAGAUAAAAGCAAAAGAUGUGACGUGAAUGAGUCCAGUACAUGUGUUGUAAGGCAGGUAUGGUUUUACACAUGUACUGACUCAACGAAUGAAACAUUAAAUGCCUCCAUAGACAUGGAUAGCUGAAGAACAGCACUUAAAUUGUCUUAUAACUGUGUUUUUGUUAGAAAUGUGUUUUACGUUUUUUGCCAUCU